CGUCCGCAAAAGCAGGUGUUGUGAAACAAUAGCUCCGUGGUCCUGUUUCCAAUCACCCUUGUUUAAAAAAAAGAAAAGAAAAAAAGGCAAAGUUUUAUUUCAACGGGGAUCUUGAACACGUUGGAUGUCCAAGUGUUUAUAACAAAGAGGAAAAGUGAUGGACACUUACUGUUUAUUCAUCUUUCUACUCUUUGGAGCAGCUAUUCUGGUCCAUGGUUCCAGUCAUGAAAGCCGCCUGGUUAAAGAUUUAUUCGACAACUACAGCAAAAUUAUGCGUCCAGUAAGCAACCAUAGUCAUGCUGUGGAAGUCAUUGUGGGACUGCAACUUAUCCAGCUGAUCAAUGUGGAUGAAGUAAAUCAAAUAGUAAGCACCAAUGUGCGUCUGAAACAGCAAUGGACAGAUGUAAAUUUGAAAUGGAAUCCAGCAGACUAUGGUGGUGUGAAGCAAAUCCACAUCUCCUCGGAGGAAAUAUGGCGUCCAGAUUUAGUUUUGUAUAACAAUGCAGAUGGAAUUUUUGCUAUUGACCAGUUCACCAAAGUUCUUCUGAACUAUACAGGACAUAUUACAUGGACUCCACCAGCCAUCUUCAACAGCUACUGUGAAAUUAUAGUCACCCAUUUCCCCUUUGAUGAGCAAAACUGCAGUAUGAAGCUGGGAACAUGGACUUACGAUGGCAGUGUGGUUGCCAUCUACCCGGAAAGUGACCGUCCAGACUUGAGUAACUACAUGCCGAGUGGAGAAUGGACAAUGAAAGAUUACCGAGGUUGGAAGCACUCGGUGACCUAUUCUUGUUGCCCUAAAACGCCGUACCUUGAUAUCACCUAUCACUUUGUAUUGUUGCGUUUGCCUCUCUACUUCAUUGUCAACGUCAUCAUUCCUUGCCUUCUCUUCUCAUUCUUGACUGGAUUAGUAUUUUAUCUCCCUACAGACUCAGGGGAGAAAAUGACUCUGAGCAUCUCUGUCCUGCUUUCUUUGACUGUGUUUCUUCUCGUCAUUGUGGAACUAAUUCCUUCAACUUCCAGUGCUGUUCCCUUGAUUGGCAAAUACAUGUUGUUCACCAUGGUGUUUGUCAUAGCUUCUAUCAUCAUCACUGUCAUAGUGAUCAAUACCCACCAUCGCUCACCCAGUACCCACACUAUGCCACAGUGGGUGAGGAAGAUAUUUAUUGAAACAAUUCCAAAAAUUAUGUUUUUCUCAACAAUGAAACGUCCAUCCAAAAAUAAGCAGGAGAACAGGAUUUUCACUGAGGACAUAGAUAUCUCCGAAAUCUCAGGGAAACAAGAACCUGCGGCUAUGACUUUCCAGACAUCGCUUACUAAAAAUCCAGAUGUUAAAAGUGCAAUUGAAGGCAUCAAAUACAUUGCCGAGUCAAUGAAAUCAGAUCAAGAAUCCAAUAAUGCUGCAGAAGAAUGGAAGUUUGUUGCAAUGGUGGUGGAUCAUCUUCUGCUUGGCAUCUUCAUGUUAGUUUGCAUCAUUGGAACCCUUGCGGUUUUUGCUGGCCGUCUCCUUGAAUUAAGCCAGCAAGCUUGAAAUAAGGACAUUCGGUGAGAGAGCAUGGUUUGUCCUUGAGUAAGUGAACUUCAGGAGAUUUAUAGAAGGAAACUUUCUUAGCCCACCUCUGUCCUGUAGCUCCCAAUAUCUCUAUUCAGGAGGAUCUCUCAAUUGUUCCAAAUGUUUUCAUAUAUAGUUCAAGGGCUAUAGCAGCAAAAUAGGGUGCAAACUUCCUUCAGUGAACAUUCUAAUAUCAACAAGAUACAAAACCAUGUCUUAAUUCAUGCAUUUUAAGGAAUAGCCAUAUGCCCUCCUUCUGAUAUUUCAAAAUAUCAAUCAGUGUGGAUAAAUAUGUAAGGAUAAUAUAGACAUAUUUUAAGCUGUAAGUUUGUUGAGCAAUUUGCCUUAAAUGACAUUUUUUAGAAUUCCCACAACACCGUGAAUCUGAAGCCUUGUGUAAAACUUGUCAUUCACUCUAAAGUUUCUGCUUCCACAUAUUACAUAAACACAAAAAGUAAAGGAUUUUCUUAAUAAAAUCACUGGGCCGAGAGUUAAACUCCUGUUCUUUUCUAGAUAUUUAAGAAAACAUCUAACAAGGCUAUAUAGUAAUGUUUUUAGUGAAAUAUCUCCAGCAAUAUGGGAUACUGAAAUAGAAAAUGCUCUUAGUUUUUAACACUUCAAUCAAUUCAGUUCCCAGAGGUGAAAUCAAGCAGGUUCAGGUUUUCGCAGGGUAGUGAAAAUUUUGAGUAUUUCAGAGAACCAGUAGCGGAACUUUUGUGUAGUUCGGAGAACUGGCAAAUACUAUUUCUGGCUGGUCCUAUAUUGGGGAGGGAAUGGGGAUUUUGCAGUAUCCUUCCCCUGGAGUGGGAUGGAAAUGGAGAUUUUGCAGUAUCCUUCCCCUGCCAUGCUCACCAAGCCACACCACGCCCACCAAGCCACGGCCACAGAACUGGUAGUAAAAAAAUUUGAAUUUCACCACUGCCCCUAAUGAAUUGAUCAGUAUAAGUUAAUUUUCUUUCUUUUUUUUUAUUGAAAAAGUUUUACAACAACAAUUACAUUUUCCCCCUCCCCUCCCCACUCCUCCUUCUUCCCCCCUCCCUCCAAAACCCCCCUCUCCGCCCCCCCCCCCGACUUCCCGGAGCAAACGCAAGGUAUAGUCCAAUAAACAAACAGUCAUACAUUAAAUUUUUAAAAUCUAACACAAUUAUAAUCCUUCUCUCUCACAUAACCUGACUUCUUCCGUUAAAAUCAAAAACAACAUCCUUCAUUCAAAGGCAUUCUGAAAUUUCUUAAUCUGAUAUCUAUUUUGAAUAUAAUCAAUCCAGUUCUUCCAUUCAUUUAAAUAUUUUUCUUGAGUACUGUCUUUCAAGAAGGCUGAGAUUUUAGCCAUCUCAGCCAAAUUGGAAACUUUCAAUAUCCAUUCUUCUAUUGUGGGUAAUUCUUUUUUUUCCCAAUAUUGUCCAAUCAACAGCCUUGCUGCUGUUAUUAAGUUCAAAAUCAAUUUAGUCUCAAUCACUGUACAGUCUGUUGUUAUUCCCAAAAGGAAAAAUUGUGGUAAUUUUUCUUAUCCAGAAAGACUUAAUUUUCUUACAUGUCCACCAUACAUGAAAAUAUGUAGCAACAUCACAAUUACAUCUCCAACAUUUCGCUAGUAUAAGUUAAUUUUCUAAGCAAGCUCAGCCACUUCUGGCAUGAACCACGAUGUCAGAUGAUUCAGAGCAUGAAGAAUACCUCAGCUUAUUAGGGAAUGUCUUCAGUUGUUAUUUCCCAAUCUUUCUAAAAUGCCACCAAUUAGGGCAUGGAGGAAAGUAUGGCUCCCCCUACUACUUUCAAUACCAUUUUGCACCCCUGUGCACUUCCCAAGCAGGUGAAAAGGAAAAUAUAUUGAAAAUAUAUGGUAGCAUCUUCAUUUUGCAGGUCCAUUCAUAGCUCCAGUUUGUGUGUUUGUUGAUGGCCCCAGAUGGAGGCAAAGCCCAUGACAAGGUCUGUUGGCUACUCUUGGGUACAAAUGGAGUAUCCCAUUUCCACCUCUCUCCUAACCAAGAACUGCCAGAAGAUGCAAAUCCAAAAGGCAUCCUGGGACUUCAAUAGACCAAAUUAAUCAUGCAUAAAAUGCUUUAGCUCUGUAUGCUGAAUCUAUUGGAAAUAGCGUUAUUGACUAUUGAUGACCUGAAUUGCUCUGACAUGAGGGGUUGUUUGGUUUUUUGCUUGUUUACAGUUCCAUCCACUUCCUCCUUGACUUCAUUCCUUACUUUUUUGAUGAGGCAUGUUUCCAUAACAUAGAAAUUUAAUAAAUAAUAAUAAUAAUAAAAUAACGUCUCCCAUCUCCUCUUGAGGAUUUGAUGUCAGUGCCAACAAAAAUGAAAUAAUACCGCAGGAAAACAUAAGGGUAUCUCCUGUGCCCAUGUCCAGAUGUGCCCAUGUCCAGAUUUAACCAGAUCGAAGGUCUGCCCUUUCAAAGCUUAAGGCGCAAACCUGUUUGUCUAGUCACACCAGCUCAACUGAAUGCAAUAGGAUUUACUUCUUCAUAUAAAUAUAGGACAGUAACCUUGCAGAACUGAUUUCACUCAUGCCAAUAUACACCAUGACACAAACUGUUGUUACAAAAACAUUUUUUAGUAUGGAUUUAAAUAUGUAAUUAACAUUUUCUAAUUCUACAUAAAAAUAUUCUACGAAAUAAAAAUAAAAUGUUAAAUUCAUUGGGAAAAAAACCAUUACCCUCUCCAAUCAAGUAAUGGGGCCUUCAGAUUAUCUAUUUAUUUCCUUAUUUACUCUCUCUUCAUGCUUAAAGUUUCUGCAUAAAUUGACAUUGUGAUUUGUAGCUUACAUUGGUCUUCUAUUGUUCCAAUGGAACUUCAGUAAUAAAUUUUGAAGUCAUGAUUAAAGGUGGAAAAUGUUUCACUGUAUGAGUGUAAAUAAUUCUGCAAUCUCCCAUAUGUGUCUUCUUUAGAUACGAGUGUCUAACCAAGAAAAUUCAUGCAUUUAUUCGUAUACACCAUGUAACUAUCUAUCUUAAUUGCAGUUCUCUGCUUAGAUGCAGUUUACCACAACCAACAAUCAUGGUUUUUCUCUUGUGAUAGUCCGCUCUCAAAAUUUUUGUGCUCCACGGGUAUGAUCCAUCCCAGCCGCUGAAUGCCACUAUCAGCUGACAUAAAUGACAGUCUGGAAAAGCCCAAUAAGAAAAGAAGAUGUAGUAGGCAAGAAUCAUCUCAUGUAUCCCUAUUGAUCCCAAACCUUCUAAUUUGAAAUAGGAAGAUGUAUAGGAUUCUAUCAUUUGCCCAAUUAAAACACACCAAAUUAUACAAAUUACAUAAAAAUGCUAAAAUGCUUUGUUGUCUCCAAAAUGGCAGCUGUGCUGGCGCAGUGGUUAGAAUGCAGUACUGCAGGCUACUUCUGCUGACUGCCGUCUGCCAGCAGUUCGGCAAUUUGAGUCCCAGUCUCAAGGUUGACUCAGCUUUCCACCCUUCCGAGGCCGGUAAAAUGAGGACUCAGAUUGUUGGGGGCAAUAUGCUGACUCUGUAAACCACUUAGAGAGGGCUGUAAAGCACCGUGAAGCGGUAUAUAAAUCUAAGUAGCUACUUUUCAAUGGAGAAUAUCAACUCAGAAUCAUUUCCUAUUGUUCAAUCAAAUGCUACACAUGUAGCCUUGAGAAAGCAGACAACUAUACCAGCAUAGAAUUUCCUGUUGCCAGAUUUGAUCCUCUCUCUACUCCCUCCAUUUUAAAUCAGUGCAUUCCUUUCACUUCACUUCACUUCACAGGAAUGGGUGAUAUAAAUCCCACCAAAUUUGAUACAAACUGAAAUGGCCUUGCAUAACAUUGGAAUAAGGGUGGGGGAAGUAGUAUUUAAACAUAUUUAACCCUGGUGCUGCUCAAAACAACUUAACUCUACCUCACUAAUGAAGUGGAACUGGAGAUAAGGAUGUUGCCAGGGAGACAGUAAAAAACAAGAGGUUGCCAGGACAUGAUUUUGCCAUGGUUAGAUGCAAAUGAGGGAAGGCCUUUUGUUUCUUCUCAAGUAUACAGUAUGUUGUCUUGUUGAAGGACAUUAAGUUUGUACCACCAGGGUUAAAUCUAUAAUUUAUAAUCUCCAAACAUCUAUGGAGAUUCUCAUCAUCCAGGUCUCGGUUGUCCCAAAAGUGCUUUUCCAAAAGGCAAUUGGACUUCCUUGUUUUCUUUUUCCUUGAAAACAUUUCCUUUCUCAUCCACGAAGCUUCUUCAGUUCUAACUUAGAUCUGAACAAGCUUCUUGGAUGAGAAGCAAAAAGGAAAAGGAAAAAAAGAACAAGCAAGUCCAGUUGCCUUUUGGAAAAGCACCUUUGGGACUAUCAUGGGGACAGAAAUCUAAGAGGAAAGAUUUCACUUCAAUGAUUUUAAAGGUGCGGAUUAAAGAAUUCACAUUUUCUUCAUCCCUUUGUGCAAAAUCCUAUAAAUUGUGACACAGAGUCCUGGUUACUAUUCUUUACAUUGAGGAAAAAAGACAGACAGGGGCUAAUAAUUCUUUUUUUGUUGUUGCCAAUUGAACCAUCUAUUUCUCUCUCUAUAUAUAUAUUUACAUAUACAUACAGUAUUCAUACUUGCAUACCUACAUAUCUUUGAUUGGUGACUGGCUGGUUUCUUUUCAGAAGUGGUUUGCCAUGACUUCUUCUCAGAGGGACUGGCCCAAGGUCACCCAGCUAGCUUCAUGUCUAGUAUGGGAUUCGGACUCACACUCUCCGGAUUUCUAGCCCCAUGCCUUUAGCCUUUAACCUCUAUGCCAAAAUUCCUUAAAUAAAUAACCAACCAAGGUUCACACAGAUCAUCAUUAGAUUUCAAUUCUCUCUCUCUCUCUCUCUCUCUGAAGUUUUAUCUGGGAUGUUCUGAUUGAUUUAUCCAUAGUGACUUUGGGUUCCUCAUCAGUAUUAGUUGACCUUUUCUGUUUGGGGUCUUCUGCAGCCCUGAUAUUGCACUUUGUGUUUCUUCAUGGACCUGUAUAGGACUUUAUGAAGCUACUUUCUUAGCAGUUCUCUUUUUUUUUCUCACCUCUUCCUGACCCAAUGGGGGAAGAAGCUGCAAGUGGCUUCAGAUGAUAUAACUAUAAAAUGCCCUCUGUGGGUCAUAUGAGCAGAGACGUACUUUUCUUGCCAGGUGGGCUGGCAUAACUCAAGUGAUACUAAUUAAAACGCUGACAUGGGCAUCAGAUUUCAGAGGUGGUAAACGCUAAAGCUGUGAUCACAGUGGAAUUUUUGAGUUUGCUCAUAAAACUGCUUACACCGGGGAAGAAUUCAAAGCUAUGGGUAUGGCCAACUUAGGUGGGUUGAGGUCAGAAUCUUCUGUGGGGGGAAAUAUAAACCUCAGCAGGGAACAAAUCAUAAACCAAAGGAAUCAUUCUUAUGAUUCAGAUUAUUAUCUCCCUGGGAAAGAGACUGCUUUCCAUAAUUGACAAUCUUAAUGCCAUUUUCUCCGUUAACGUGUGAAUAUCCUGGGCUGGAUGUGAUAAGAAAGAAUAGCAAUAACACUUAGACUUAUAUACCGCUCCACAGCAUUCACAGCUCUUUCUAAGUGGUUUACAGAAUCAGCAUAUUGCCCCUAACAAUCUGGGUUCUCAAGAAGGGAAGGCUGAGUCAACCUUGAGCUGGUCAGAAUCGAACUCCUGGCAGUGAAUAGUGAGUUUAGCUUGCAAUACUGCAUUCUAAGCACUACGCCACCUGGCCCCAUAUUUGCUUACAAAGAACCAGAAAGGCAUGGCCAGAGCAGCAGCAGGGCAUUAAUGGACAUGACAGGGAAUCCUAUGGCAAGAGGAUUCAUAAUUUUAUGACAGAAAAUUAUGGAAUCCCCAACAAAUCCUUAAGUUAAUAGCAGUGGUGAAAUCCAAUUUUUUUUAUACUACCGGUUCUGUGGGCAUGGUGUGGCGUGGUGG